AUGUGGUACAACAUAUGGCUUAAGGCUCUCAUGUCUGCUAUCCAAAAUCGAAAUUGUCGAUCCCAAUCCCAUCAUCAUCCAUUGCUCACAAACAAUCCUCAUGAUUGUGUGCCCUUCCUAGAGUUGCUAGCUCACAAUGAUAACACAAACGCCUACCUAGAAUCUCUUCCCUCACCUAGAUUGCUGUCAACCCACAGUUCUUACGCAUCAUUACCAGACUCCAUUUUGAAUACUCCAGGUACUCGGAUUGUGUACAUUGCAAGAAACCCUAAAGACGUUCUUGUUUCUUUAUCGAAGUUUUCACAGAAAGUUGGACAACUGAUUUCAAAUGGCCAACUUGUGCCACCUCUUCCUAUAGAAUUGGCAUUUGAGUCGUUUUGUAAAGGGGAAUCGAAUUCUGGACCUUUUUGGGAUCAUGUUCUGGGUUAUUGGGAAGCAAGCAAGGAAAACCCUGAGAAGGUGUUAUUUUUGAAGUAUGAAGAUAUGAAGGAGGACACAGAGGGAUGUGUAAAGAGGUUGGCAGUAUUCAUGCGUCAUCCAUUUUCGUCAGACGAAGAGAGACAAGGUGUUGUUCAAGAAGUAGUAAACUUGUGCAGUUUCGAGAAUUUGAGCAAUUUGGAGGUGAACAAAAGUGGGACUUUUGGUCCAAUUAACAACAGCCUCUUCUUCAGGAAAGGUCAGGUUGGGGACUCCAGCAACUACCUAACACCUGAGAUGCUCCAGCAUCUUGACAAAAUCACAUCUUGA